UGUGAGUCAUGGUGGAAAAUUCGAGGCAAGCGUACCGAUGCGCAAAGAACAAGCAUAAGCGAAGAAGAUAAAGAUAUCGAUUAAAAUUUCUGCUACAAAAAUAAAUAUAUAUGUAACGCAUAUUGUAAAUGUCCUAAGUUAAGUGAUAUAAAUCAAAUAUUUGUGUAAAGUUUAAUAUUUUAAUACGCGUCGAAGUACAACGAGUGAGGCUACAGAAAAGCACACACUAAAGUGGAGUACUUGGCGAGCGCAAAUAACGGAAAUCAAAUUCGAAAUAAACGCUGCGCAAUAGACGGUGGUGUACAUAAGAGUUUAACAAAAUCCGAAUCAGAAUCAGUUGAAAGUGUGAUUUUUUUGAGCCUUUGUCUGUAAGUGAAGAGAAAGCUUUAAGCGGAAUUACAUCUAUAUAUAUAUAUAAAUAUAUAAAUACGAAGCCAGCCCGUCGCCAUUUUGAAAGUGAUUUUACAAUACACACACACAUAUAUAUACACAGCUGCGAACACAUCCACACAUAACCCCAAAUAAAAUCCGAAGAAAAGAGCAAAAAAAAAAAACGAAAAGCAAACCAAUUUCCGCAACAUUUUAAAGUGAAACAUCCAAAUCAAGGCAACUUUUAAACCAAACUCAACCCAUUUUGUAUAUAACGCUUGUCGAAAUAUCGAAAUCUGUAUAACGAAGUGGCUGAGAAAACUGCGACACAAACACGCUCGCACGCUCGUUGGUGUGAGAAGGUCUACGGCAAAAAAGAUCAGCACGGCUUGGAAUGCGAAAGCAGCAGUUGAAUCAGCGAAGAACAGAAAGAGUUUGCGAAAAUUAUAGCUAAGGAUAGCUUAACCGGAGUAAAAGAGAUAAAUCAACAGACUGAUAAACAAUACAUAACGUUACAAGUAAAACUAAAUAAAGUAAAGUAAACAGCAGCUGUACAUAAAACAUAAAGGAGAAGUGGAAAGCAGCUACGUGCUCAGCCGCCCGUCGCCCUUUUCGUUUCCAUUUUGGAGGUCAUCUCAACUUCGGCGACUAUCAGCUACCAAAGAAAAUAGAGCGGCGCAGCUACAUCAACAUCUCAAUAGCAAUAGCAGCAGAAGCAGAAUCAGAAACAGAAGGCGUUUGGUUUCGAUUUAUAAAGAAUUGAUUUAAGUGCGUGUGAUAUUUAACGUUAAGCAUUAAUUUAGCGAAUUAACCAAAAACAAAAAGGCAAAACAGCAGAAAUUUUAAUAAGAGAAAGAGAAGAGGAGAGCGGAGAGAGAGAGAUAUCGAUCCAGAGAUCGGAAAGCGACGAAAUUACUAUGACAUACUCGCACAAUAGCGUUAGGAACAACAUCAGAAUGACAACCGCAUCGGCCACCAAGUCCAUACGAUUAAAAAAGGGAGCAGCAUCAGCGACCUCCGCAUCCAACUCAUCCACCCCCUCGCCCACAUCCGCACCCGUCUCCCCCACAUCCGUAUCCGCAUCCGCACCAGCAACGCCCUUGGUAACUGCACAUUCCAACAGUAUUGCCAGCAGUACAAAUAACGCCCAAUUCCUGAGCUCCUCGCCCACGAGUCUCGGUCUUGGCCUGGGUCUAUCCGCCCUUGCCACGCCCCCCAACCAGAGGCAGCGGCAACUGCAGUCCCAAUCCCAGUCGACCGGAUCCAAGAACAAGUAUCAGCAGUCGCAGCAGCAGCGCCAGUCGCCGCAGCAGCAGCAGGGAUCCUCUGUAGGCGGUGGAGGCUUCUUCUUUGCCAACAACAACCGAAGGAACGGAGGAGGACGUUCGCCCCAGGGAACUAUGCAGGUGCGGCAGUCACCCGCCACCAUUUUGGGUGGAGGCUUCUCGCCGGGAAUCGUCGGAGGAUCGGCUCGCAAGCAGAGGAAGAGCCCUUCGUUAGGCGGAAAGAUAUCGCCCCAGCACCAGAUGCAGAUGCAGCAGCAGCACCCACUCAUACCCACCGCACUGACGCAUUUCGCGGGCAGCAAGUGCUUUGAUGCACCAGCUCCAACGGCGCUGCCCAAGCCACCGCAGCACUGGACGUUGUCCAGGUCGGAGGGUAAGCUUCCCAUGAUGAUGCCGUCGAUGCCCAAGUUCCAGGUGCCGAUGCAGACAGGCCGCUCGAAGCGGAAUCUCCUCGAUGACUUCGACACGCACAACCUGAAGUUGCUGCUCAAUGUGCAGUCGUAACCACACUGGUGCUGGAGGAUCAGUGUCUGGAGCAGGGAAGCAGGAACAGGAUCUGGAUCUAGAGCUGGAUCUGAAGAUGGAUCUGGAGGACCGACAUGAAUGGCAAGAACACCCGGUGGACCCCGAACCCGUCAAUGAGUUGCAAAAAAAUCGAAAUGAACAUAAAAUCAACAAAAAAAAUUAACAAAAACACAAAACAAAA